UUUUGAACAUUAAUCGCUAUUGACGAUUUUCUUCUCCAUCUCUCAUCCGCGAUUUGGUCGCAACAUCAAACCAUCUCAAACAAACCCUAACCUUUUGCAACUCCAUACUUACUCACUGCUUCGCGAUCAUGGCGUUCGCUUCUCGUAUCCUUUCCAAAUCGAAGCAGCUGUAUACUGCUCAGAGCAUUUUACCAAAGGACCAUGUGAUUCCUGUUCGUUACUUUGCCCAAGAAUCAGCUCCGAAGGGUCUCAAGGGAGAUGAGAUGCUUAAGGGCAUUUUUUUGGAAGUUAAGAAGAAGUUUGAGACAGCUCUUGGCAUACUACGCCAGGAGAAGAUCACCAUAAACCCAGAUGAUCCUGCUGCUGUUCAACAAUAUGCUAAGGUCAUGAAGACUGUAAGAGAAAAGGCUGAUCUCUUCUCGGAGUCUCAAAGGAUUCAAUAUACUAUCCAAACCCGUACUACGGGUAUUCUUGAUGCUCGUACUUAUCUUUUGACUUUGAAGGAGAUUCGACUUAAGAGAGGCCUUACUGAUGAACUUGGUGCUGAGGCCAUGAUGUUUGAAGCCUUGGAUAAAAUUGAAGCAGAAAUCAAGAAACCUCUAUUGAGGAAUGAUGAGAAAGGAGUGAGUCGUUUGAUGGCAGAGUUUGAUAAGAUCAACAAGAAACUAGGGAUAAACAAAAAUGAUUUGCCCAAAUAUGAGGAGCAGCUGGAACUUAAAAUAGCAAAGGCACAGCUAGAAGAGUUGAAGAAAGAAGCUGUGGAGGCAAUGGAAACUCAAGCAAAGAAGGAGGAAUUUAAGGAUGAGCAAAUGGCUGAUGCCAAGUCAUUGGACAUUCGAAACUUCAUCUGAUGUAGUUGUUGAACACUUAUGGAUUUUUGACUAUUUACUGGAAGAACACUCGUUGGAGAGAGCUGAAGGCUGUAGUUGUUGAACUCAUGGACAGGAUUUCAUCUUCAUUUCUCCUAUUUUCUUUUGAAAUAAACUGGAUUUUGUUAGGCAAGGAAAUGCAGCAGUUAAUCGAAAUAUAUCUCGACUGAAUGCUAUUUCAUAUGAUUACAUCUGUUGAUCAUGCUCGCUUUUGAGCAUAUGAAAUGAUAAAAAGUACUGAUAAUUAUAACCCA